CUGCAGUCGUAGCCCAAUUGGAGUUGAUUACAGAUUAUUGUAUGGCAUUUUCGUUGACUCGUUCGAUCGCGUCUGUGUGCUCUCUUUCUAUACGCCAACAAGCGACACCGACCGAAGGAAGAGACAAAGCGAGUUAGAACAGAAGUGAAAAGAUAAUUUAUUAGUGUGGAGAUGUAGUAAUUCUUCAUUGUUGGAAUAAAAUUUAUGAUAUUUUUCUGUUAAUUGUGGACAAAGUUGCUAGUAGGAAGUGUUUUGCGAGCCAUAGAUUGUGGAAACAAUUUCUAGAAUAUGCAAUAUCUAGAAAAUUUUCCUAUCCUCUAAUUCGCCGUGCAAUCGACAGUGAAAAUUUACUCAUUGGGAAGGCUCCUCCUAUCAGUGACAAUCGAAAAUAUAAUACUUGGCUCUGACCACUGGAGGAAAGUAGUCAAUUCCGAAGUCUUCUGGUCAUUCAUCUAGCGAUUUACAGCACGUAAUGGAAGGAGAGUCGGAAACACAGCCGCUACUGAAGCAGUCAGAAUCGAAUCCCAAUCGGAAUCCUGAAUCCCUGUCGGAACAACCAUCGCGAGAGGUCAAAGCAUCACGGGAGGUCGUUACAGCAUCGCCAAUCGGACCGGAUGAGGUGCCACCGUCGUACCAGCAGGAACAGCAGAACAGCGUAAUUGUGACCUGUCGUGUCUGCCAGGCGCUGAUAGACAUUUCAUGGAAGAAGGAACAACACGUUGUCAAGUGUUCGCAGUGCAAUGAAGCUACGCCAAUCCGCAAUGCACCCCCGGGCAAAAAGUAUGUCCGCUGCCCGUGCAACUGUCUGCUUAUUUGCAAGAGUUCUUCCCAGCGGGUGGCCUGCCCACGGCCAAACUGCAAGCGGAUCAUCAAUCUGGCGCCGAGUCCGGUUACCCCACCGUUGCUGACGAUGCCGGGAAUGUGCCGUGUCACCUGCGGUCAUUGUCACGAUACGUUCUUGUUUGAUACGCUGAAAAACAACUUGGCCAGAUGCCCUCAUUGCCGUAAAGUUUCCUCUGUUGGUGCGGAUUUCUGUCGUAAGCGGCGCAACCUACUCUUCCUGGGGGGAUUGAUUUUCCUAGCGAUCGGUAUUGGCGUUACUUAUGGAACUAUGCCAUAUGCAAGGAGCCACAGCGGUAUCUUCAUUGCCUACAUAAGCCUGUUUCUGAUCGCACUACUACUAUUCGCCAAGACGCUGUACUACUGCACACUGAAAGUGAGUAACGUAGAAGGGCCGAUUUAAGAAGACGGUUCGGCAGCAGCCGCCCCGCAAGGCGUGUAACGUAAGCCACGUGUCUCCCAAAGUUUUGUGUUUCUUUACCCACUGGGCAAAAUCUAACGAAAAAGCUUUUGUAAACGCAACCACACUCUAUCACUCACAUUCCCAGAACGAGAAUGAUAUCGUCGCACUGUUGGAAGAUAAGUAUUGCAUCGGUGCAAGGAUUUCGUAUUCUGAUUGUGAUAGAAUUCAACCGAUUGGUGUUUACAGGAAUAGAAAUAGAGCAAAGCGUGUCGUAGAAAAAAAAAACAAAACACAUUAAAAUGAUUGUGCGAAAAAUUAUGAAAGGUGACUAGCAAUAAGAUUAAAGUGAAACCACUGAUAUAUGCAAACAUGCUAUGCUUUAUCAUUCUAUUAUUAUUAUGAUUAUUAUCAUCAUUUGUAGUUUAAUAUUUUUACAAACUGUAUCAAUCACUCACUUGAAUUUAUGUAGUGUAUAAAUCAUUUGGAUAAGUGCGGAACAAAAAUAUUUCUAUUCUGUGUUUCAAAUCUGUAUGUAUUUAAUCAUUAAACUGGAAAAUUAACGAAAAUAUAACAAUAUGAGAGAGACUGCUGUAGAAAGCGGUUCAUUGAAUAUCGCUGGUCGCCACAAUUUUGGUGCGUUGGCAGACGAGCAAAGCAAAAUAGAGAUGCGAGUGGGUGAUGAACACGGUUUUCGAUCCUUUCCUAAAAGAGAUCCGCCACCCCAUUGUCGUUUUCCCCCCCCUCAAUAAUAGGAAUAGCUCAAAGCAGUGAUCAUCACCUUGCAAAAUUAGCAUUGUCCGGAAAGAUACAUACAUUACGAAUAUACCUUAUAUAUAAACAAAUAAACAAUACUAUCAUUACUCUAUGCAUACAUACCUGUAUCAUUUGAAUUGUAAUCCAAACAAAAUAAAAAGGAAAUAAAAUCUGAUGCUGCACUGCAGGUUAGGUGGAAAGAUAGUUUGUGUCUCAAUGAAGAAAAUUUCAGCAGAAAAAAGAAACAGUAGUGCUUCAAUCAAACAUUGUAAUAGUACACAACUUUUUACAGGAACUUCCCUUUGAAUCUCUUGAUUCAAACAGAUUUUGUGAAGUAGUUAUCCACCAACGACUGUUUCAUUUGACCAUUCAACGAUGGAAACAAUUGUAGAAUAAAUUUGCAGCAGAAUGUAUGAUUUUGUUUACUUCGUAUUUCAAUUAUUACAAAUCAAAAGUCGAUAGUCGAAGGAUUUCAUUGUUGGUAACGAACUGUUGCAGAUUUAACCCAGAAUUGAUUCUUGUUCGAAAGCUGGUUUUAUACUGUUUAAAUUUGCUACUGUACCGCUGUAUGAAACUAUUUCGCUUUGCUAUGAUAUUAAAAGGUUUACAUGAACAAAACAUACAUUAGGGAAAAUUUCCUCUGGGCAAUGGAGACAUCUGGAACAAAAUGAACAUUGUUAAUAUAAAUCUAACAGUAAAUCUACUGCAAUUAUUAUAAACAAUUCGAGAUAGAAGGAGAAUACAGUAAAAGUUAGAUAAAUUGUA